AUGGUCAUGACUUUCCCUAUCCCCUUCUACCGGCAGCCACAAUUGUCGAUUGACACAGCCGGCCACAUCCAGCAGAAGUACUUUGAAGAGGACGAGCGGAUACUUGACGAUUCUGUCCUCGACCAGAGCGCUAUUGACUCGGGGCUGGAAAUGUCACCGCCAAUGCACUUUGAUGGUCUCCAGACGGACUUUGAGGCGGCUACCGCUACCAUGUUCCAGCGCACCCCGAUGCCACUGCAGUCGUCGCCCUUUGGCAACGCUGCCGGUCCCAUGAGCGGCAUGUACUCGUCUGCGCGCGGCCCUGCUCUCGGAUCGACGGCCAUGGCAACAUCGUCUUCGAUGCAAGGCAGUGGCAGCACCAUUGUCAACGCCAGCGGAAGCGGCGUCGGCGCUACCAUGUCUCGGAAGAUGUUGCACAGUCCGACAAUCCGGACCCACCCGGAGCUGCGCCGUGGCGAUGGCAUCCGCAAGAAGAACGCUCGCUUUGAAAUCCCGGCCGAGCGCAAUCUCAACAACAUUGACCUGCUUAUCUCCCAGACGACCGAUGAACAGGAGAUCAAGGAGCUCAAGCAGCAGAAGCGUCUUCUUCGCAAUCGUCAGGCAGCUCUUGACUCGAGACAGCGCAAGAAGCAGCACACCGAGCGACUUGAAGAUGAAAAGAAGCAUUACACUGCUGUCAUCAACGACAUGGAGCAGGCCAUGGAGCGCCUCAAGCUCCAGGUUCACGAUCUCCUGGAAGAGAAGGAGCAGUACGCGGAUUACUUGAAGACCCUUGAUCUCGACAAGGAGGACAUGGUUCGCCGUCACACCAUUGAGACUGGCGAGCUUCGCAAGAAGAUCAGCAUCCUGUCCAACCACGUGCAGACGCUGGAGAAUGCGGCUGUCACCAUGCCCAACGGCCAGGUCGCCUACGCCGACGGCACGAACGCCGGAGUUGGUGUCGGUGCAUAUGGCGAGAUGGAGGGCCUCAGCAUGGGCGGCACCUGGGAACACGUCACCCUGUUCUCUGACAUGGCCGGUGCGGAGCAGCAGCAGCAGCAGCAGCAGCAGCAGCCUCCUGCCGAGAUUAAGCAAGAGAUGCAGCAGCUCCUGCCCGCAUCGCGCAAGGCAGCCAACAACGCCAUGGACGCUGCCGGCGUCGCCACUGGUUCAGUGGGCUCGGAGCGGCCUGCCAAUCAGGGCGGCCUGCUCUUCAUGCUCUUCCUUGUCGGCGCCUUUGUCAUGUCGAGCCGCCAGGCGCCCAGCAUCCCACGCGUGUCGGAAGACGUCCGCGUGGCGUCUGCUGCACUCCUGGAGAACGUGCUCAAGGACGCAGGCGUGCCUUCGAGCACCUCGUUUUCUGCCGCGGGCCUGACGGAUGCUACCGCUCUGUCGAUGCCCUCGCAGUCCGCCUCUGCUGUCACGUCUUCGUGGGUGGCGCAAGCAGAUGUCGCAUCCAACGGCGUCGUGGAGCCGUCGAUGCUUGGCCAGCUCUCUGACCAGCUGAUCCAGCCGACUGAGCAGCAGACUGCCGAACACAUGUUCUCGAUGUCUGCCGCGCAGUAUAGCAGCGUGGUGCAACACUACGAGCACCCGCAGCUUGAUCGGUCUGUUGCUGCCGGAGGAAGCGGUGCCCCGAGCCGGGGACGCCGCAAUCUGGCCGAGGCUCUGGCUUCGAUGCGCGUGAACAGCAAGGCAGAGGUGGUGACACGAUCGCUGCUUUGGGACCAGAUCCCGAGCGAUGUCGUUCAUGCCUUUGCCAAGAUGUUUGCCGACUCACAAGGCCAGCAGUAG